AUGCGUACUUCAACUCUCGCUACCCUCGCCUUGGGUGCUGGAGCUGCUUCAGCCGCUACCCUCAAGAGACAAUCCAGCCUGACCCCAGUCACUGUCAAGGGAAAUGCUUUCUUCGCUGGUAAUGAUCGAUUUUACAUCCGUGGCGUCGACUAUCAACCCGGUGGUUCCUCAGAUGUGGCCGAUCCCAUUGCCGACGAGAAUGGUUGCCAGAGAGAUAUCUCUGAGUUUACGAAGUUGGGGAUCAACACUAUCCGUGUCUACACCGUGGAUAACACCGCGGACCAUGACGCAUGCAUGAAUGCUUUGGCAGAUGCUGGCAUCUACCUCGUCUUGGACGUCAACACCCCCUUGUAUUCCUUGAACAGAGGCGAUCCUGCCCCGUCCUACAACGACGUAUACCUCCAGAGCGUCUUUGCCACCAUUGACGCUUUCCAAGGCUAUAGCAACACCUUGGCUUUCUUCUCCGGCAACGAAGUCAUCAAUAACCCCGAGACUUCUGCUGCUGCUCCUUAUGUCAAGGCGGUCACUCGUGACAUUCGCCAAUACAUUCGCAACCGAGGCUACAGAGAAAUCCCCGUUGGUUAUUCCGCUGCCGAUGUGAGCGAGAACCGCUUGGAAAUGGCUGAAUACAUGAACUGUGGUACCGAUGACGAACGCUCCGAUUUCUUUGCCUUCAACGACUACUCUUGGUGCGACCCAUCCUCGUUCACCCAAUCUGGUUGGGACCAAAAGGUCCAGAACUUUACUGGCUAUGGCCUUCCACUGUUCCUUUCCGAGUACGGUUGCAACACCAACACUCGUGACUUUGGUGAAGUUGAAGCUCUCUACAGCACUGAAAUGACUGGAGUCUACUCGGGGGGUUUGGUCUAUGAAUAUUCUCAGGAACCCAGCAACUACGGCCUUGUUGAGAUCAACGGUGAUUCGGUCACUGAAUUGCCCGAUUUUGAUGCUCUCAUGUCACAAUUUGCCAAUACUCCCAACCCAGAAGGUGACGGUGGUUAUAACUCAACUGGCGGUGCUUCUGGAUGCCCUGCUUACUCCGAACCCAACUGGCUCGUCAAAGAUGAUUCUCUUCCAGCUAUUCCUGAUGGUGCCAAGAAGUACAUGACCGAUGGUGCUGGUGAAGGACCAGGUCUCAGCGGCCCUGGAUCUCAAAAUGCCGGUGGUGCUUCUACCGGGACCGCCAGCGCGGGCAGCGGAGCUCCUUCUCAAACUGGUGGAUCUGGCAGUUCCAGCUCUAGCACAUCCAAUGCUGCUGUUUCCACGGUACCGGAAUGGUCUCUCGCUCCUUUGGUCUGUGGUGCAGUCAUUGUCAUGUCCACGUUCUUGGGUGCUGCCUUGUUGUAA